CCGAGCUGCCUCCGGCGGGGAAUGCUGAGGGUGGCCCCCCGGGCCCUGCUGUGCUGCCCCCUGAGACCCUCGAGAGCCCCCCACAGCUCCAGCAGCCCCACGGCCAUGUCGAUGUCCCCAGCCCCGGCGGUGUCCCCGGGGGGGGUGGUGGCAGUGGUGCAGGUGACAAGCACGGCGGACAAGGAGCACAACUGGCAGCAGUGCUCGGCGCUGGUGCGGCGUGCGGCGGCGCGGGGAGCCCGGGCCGUGUUCCUGCCCGAGGGCUUCGACUUCAUCGGGGACAAUCCCCAGCAGAGCCUGGAGCUGGCAGAGCCACUGCACGGGGACAUCGUGGGGCGCUACCGCCAGCUGGCCAGGGAAUGUGACGUGUGGCUCUCCCUCGGGGGUUUCCACGAGCGUGGCCAGGAUUGGGACAGCACCGGCCGGAUCUACAACUGCCACCUGCUGCUGGACAACUCCGGAGCACUGGUGGCCGUGUACCGGAAGCUGCACCUCUUUGACGCGGCGCUGCCGGGGGCCCCGGCGCUGUGCGAGAGCUCCUUCACCAACCCGGGCCAGGAGCUGCUGCCACCCAUCCCCACCCCCGUGGGCAAGCUGGGGCUGGCCGUGUGCUAUGACCUGCGUUUCCCGGAGCUGGCUCAGGCUCUGCGUGGGGCUGGUGCCCAAAUCCUGACCUUCCCCUCAGCUUUCACUGUCCCAACUGGAGCUGCACACUGGGAGGUGCUGCUGCGUGCCCGUGCCAUCGAGUGCCAGUGCUACGUGGUGGCCGCGGCUCAGACCGGGCGGCACAACGCGGGCCGGGCGUCCUUUGGCCACUCUCUGGUGGCCGAUCCCUGGGGCACCGUGGUUGCCCAGUGCCAGGAGGGCCCGGGGCUGUGCCUGGCCCAGCUGGACCUGGCCUACCUGGAGCAGGUGCGCCGGGAGCUGCCGGUGCACGGCCACCGCCGUGGGGACAUCUACGGGACCCUGUCGGGGACAGCGGCCACCUGAGCUGGCACCUGCGGGACUGGCGCCGAGCUCGGGCCCGAGCUGCUCCAAAUCCACCCAAAAUCCACUCAGAACUCGCCCUGGAUUUGCUUUUCUGUCCCCAGAAUGAAUUGGAACAAGGUGUUCACCCUGCUCUUCUUGGGGUCCCGAAUGGGCCCCAAAUCUGCAUCACUUGAGCUCUGAAUCCACCCCAAAUCUGCCCUUUUUGUCCCCAAAGGGAAACGGCAUCACGUGUUCCCCCUUUCUUUUUUUGGGGGUCCCAAUUGAGCCCCAAAUCUGCAUCAAUUCAGCCCCGAAUCUACCCCAAUUCAGCUCUGAAUCUACCCCAAAUUGGCCCCAAAUCUGCCCCAACUCAGUCCUGAAUUUUCCCCAAAUCCAUUCCAAUUAACACCAAACCUGCUCCAAAUCAGCUUUUUUUUGUCCCCAAAGUGAAAGCACGUGUUCCCCUUCUUUUUCAGGGGGUCCCAAAUCUGCUCUGAAUCUGCCCCAAAUCAGUCCAAAUUCACCCCAGAUCAACCCCAGAUAUGUUCUGAAUCUGUUUCCAAAAUCAAGUUUCAAUUCAGUUCCAAUUGACCCCAAAAUCUGCCCCAGUUCAGUCCAAAUUCACCCCAAAAUCUGCCCCAAAUCAGCCCAAAUUUGCACUGAAUCAGCACUUUUGUUCCCAAAAUGGAACAGCCCAACGUGUUCCACCCCUAUUCUGGGCUCCCCCCAUUUUUUGGGGUCUCCCCUAUGUUUGGAGAUCAUUUAGGGCACCCCAAGGGUGACAUCAGCACCCCAAAUUCCAGCUUUUGCCCAAAUCUGCUCUUUCUUCCCCAAAAUGGGGCAGCUUGGGGCUCCCCACCCCCUUUUUUGGGGUGUCCCCAUUUUUUUUGGGGGGGGGGUCCCCCCUUUUUGGAGGGUUCUGGGGGGAAGAAUUUCCUUCUAUUGAAAUUUGAAAAAUACAAAAAUCUCAGGAAAUUA